CGGUUUUAUAUUUGAUAUGGCAUUUUCCAGAGUAAUUUUUUAUCAAAGCCAACAAAUGAUUUUUCUCUCCUGUUUUACCGUUUAGAUAUGAAAUAAUACUGCGUGUAUCUGCGAAAUCAUGAAAAAUGUGGGAUACUUUAAAUACACAAAAUGUUAAUUUUUUAAUUCUCCAUCUAAUACUUAAACAUAUUUUUAAUUUAGCUCUGAAACAGGGAUAUUUUCCUGACAAGCUUAACGAAGCCACUGUAACACCUAUAUUUAAAAAGGGAAAGAUGGAGAAUGUUCACGAUUAUCGACCUAUCAGCUUAUUAAAUAGUCUGGCUAAAAUAUUUCAGAGAAUUAUAUAUAACUACAUAUACUCAUUUAUAUCUGAUAGAAUUUCAAAAUAUCAACAGGUUUCCUGCCGUGAAGGUCAACAGUUACAAACCUAUGUGUGUUCUCUGAACAUGUAUCGAAGGCAAUAUCAAACAAACAGCAACUUGAUGUCAUAUAUACAGACUGUGCAAAUGCUUAUGAUAAGGUGUAUUUUUGUGUUAUGAUUGAAAAACUGGCAGAUCUCGGGACGAUUUUUUCCCUUUUCUGCUAAGUCAAUAUGCUGAGAUUAUAUAGACACACAGUAAGAUAUCAUCCUGUGAGCUUAGUUUAGCAAGUGACAAGUCAGACAGCUGCAUAAAUUAGUUGAAUGUAAUAUAGAAUUUAAAGUGUGGCAAAAAAUUGAAAAAAGAUGAAACAGAUUUGGAUCGUAGGUUUAAUUGUCCUACUGAUUAGCGAAGCAUGUGCAGAGGAUUGUUUGAAACAAAAAAGGUAUCACGAAAAAAAAUGCGAAGCUUUGAAGAAGUUACGAGGGGACUACGUGCAAUGUGUCCAAAUGCGUAUAAAAAGGUACUCAACAGGUUGUGAGUUCGAUAAAAGUUGUUCAGCUUGUAAUUGUGACAGAUGUCAAUAUAGUACUUGUAGUGGUCGAUGUGACAAUUGUUGUAACUCUUGCUGCAACAAUUUCGUCAAAUGUCACAGCAACCACUGUUGUCACAAACAAUGCAACUACGAAUGUCAGACUUUUGCAUGCAAAUCAGAUUGCAGAAAGUCAUGUUACGAUACUAUGGAAACAGAAAAUAUACUAUAUCAUGCAGACAAGAGCAGAAGUUCUACAAAAAGUAAUAUCACCACCAUCAUCAGUCUGAAGAACGUCAUCAACAACACAAAUCACCUAGAUAUACCUAUAAAUUUGAAUUACACUAACAAGAAUAAUAUAGGAUUUAAUAAAUCCAGUGACGUAGUGAGCAGUUAUGGUACUGGCACUAUAGACGGGAGUAACUGUUGUGUAGUAAUCAGUCCACGGCAAUGUAUACCCAUUCAGACGUAUCCAUUUUUAAGAUGUUUUCAUACAAAAUCGCGCCAGUGCGGUACAAUAUGUAUUUUCAACACAAUCCCACAGCCGAUAAGACCAAAUUGCAAUACUCCAAAUAAUUUAAAACCUGUUGUUGACUGUCGACAGCAAAUUUCUUCCGUACCCCAAGGAAGUCCAAUGUGCACGAAUGGAUUGAAUUGGCCUUAUUUUUCAUGUGGAAUGCAAUCAACUUUACCAUGCAAAACUUGCGAUCAGCAGUACAUCAGAAAUGACGGCACUGAUACAUCUUUUGGAAUUUACAAUAACUUAGACACACAGCCUUAUUUUAACCCUUACUAUGCAAUGAAUAAUCCUUAUAGCAUAAAUCCGUUUCUGAAUUUUCCACAACAGUAUUUUCCACCAGAAGUGAUUUCCGAGGUCCAGCCAAGCCAUCAGGAAACAGAAUCAUCAAGUGAGAAUACCAAUAGUACUUUCAUACAUAAUAUAGCCUCUAGAAAUUCAGAUUAUAAGAUAGAUAUUAGUAGUGUCUCUAAUUCUACAUCUCCAUAAGCGUAUAAACUAUUUUUAAUUCUUACAAAGUAUUAUAAAAAAACUUAAGUUUAUUCUCAAGAAAAGUCUCCAAAAAAAGUAAUUAUAUAUACUAGAAGUAAAUUUGAAACAUGUUAUAUGAAAAGGUUUGCGGUAUGUUUAUACAGAGUCGCUGAUAUGUAUGGGAACGGUCGAUUUUUAGGUAAAAUAUACGACGAAUAUACAAAUAUAAUUUUAUGUGUAUUACGAUUAUGCAGCUA